CCCCGCUCCACUGAGAAGCCACCAUGGUCUUACGCCGCCCUCAUCGGGCAGGCGAUCCUUGCAUCUAAACAGCAGAAACUUUCUUUGAACCAGAUCUACCAGUACAUUUCGAUGGCUUAUCCUUACUACAAAAAGGAUGCGCCCGGGUGGAGGAACUCGAUUCGACAUAAUCUUUCACUGAACGGCUCCUUCUAUAAAACUGAGCGAAGUACGUUCAAGCGCGGCAAAGGAAGUCUGUGGGCCAUAAAAGAGGAAGAUUUGGAAUGCUUUGCUGAUGGGAACUAUAUCCGCAAGGGCAGCGUAGCCCACAAUCGGAAA